CUCGCCUCUCUUUUUCUCCCAGACACUCGCAUGUCUUUUCAACCUCCAGGUUCUGCAAAAUACUGAGGAAAAGUCCAGGGACUAGCGGCGGGCGCUGUCGAGCACGGGGAGGUGCUGAAACAGUCCUGGCUUGCUGGUCCAAGCUUUGAUUGGCAGAGCCAGCCGGUGACUGACAAGGGGUCUCCAUGGCGCCCGUGCCGCCAAUCCGCCCACCCCAGUAGCGGAGCCAGUUCUCCUGCCGGCGUGCUUGAGCCGAGCCGAGACCGAACCCGGAGCCGCGGAGCCAGCACCUCCUCCAGUCAGGGCCGCCCGCUCCCGGCCGUUGCGCCACCGCCGCCACCAGUCGUGUGUCCCCGCUGCCCCAAUCCCCCUCAUCGACAAGAGCCUGGCGCACUCAGCCAGGCCCGCGGGCAUCUGCUGCGUGUCCCGCUCUGGGCUCAGUGCCCUCGCCGCUGCCGGAGCUGCCUCGAUGUUCCAGCUACCCAUCUUGAAUUUCAGCCCCCAGCAAGUGGCCGGGGUAUGCGAGACCCUGGAAGAGAGCGGCGAUGUGGAGCGCCUGGGUCGCUUCCUCUGGUCGCUGCCCGUGGCCCCUGCGGCCUGCGAGGCCCUCAACAAGAAUGAGUCGGUGCUGCGCGCACGAGCUAUCGUGGCCUUUCACGGUGGCAACUACCGCGAGCUCUACCAUAUCCUGGAAAACCACAAGUUCACCAAGGAGUCGCACGCCAAGCUGCAGGCGCUCUGGCUUGAAGCACACUAUCAGGAGGCUGAGAAGCUGCGUGGAAGGCCCCUGGGGCCAGUGGACAAGUACCGAGUAAGGAAGAAGUUCCCGCUGCCGCGCACCAUUUGGGACGGCGAACAGAAGACACACUGCUUCAAGGAGCGCACGCGGCACCUGCUACGCGAGUGGUACCUGCAGGAUCCAUACCCUAACCCCAGCAAAAAGCGUGAGCUCGCCCAGGCAACCGGACUGACUCCCACGCAGGUGGGCAACUGGUUCAAAAACCGCCGACAAAGGGACCGAGCAGCUGCAGCCAAGAACAGACUCCAGCAGCAGGUCCUGUCACAGGGUUCCGGGCGGGCACUACGGGCGGAGGGCGACGGCACAUCAGAGGUGCUCGGUGUCGCCGCCAGCCCGGCCGCCAGUCUAUCCAGCAAGGCGGCCACUUCAGCCAUCUCCAUCACGUCCAGCGACAGCGAGUGCGACAUCUGAGUUGCCCAUCCAGGAUGCUAAGAAGCAGAUUCCAGUGUAAAAACGAGAAAAACAAAAUGAAAGAGGGAAAGAUGAGAGACCUGCAAAUCCAGCGCCAGAGAAGCCAGGUGACCAGGGACCCGCGCGCUCGGGUUUGCCAUUUCCGGCCCCACACCGCGGCCAGCCUGGCUCCACUGGCGCCCUUUGGCCGCGACCACGGGAACCCGCGGUGAGGCCUGACCCAGCACCACGUUCUUCUCGCUUUGCUUUGUCCUAAGGAUUUUGCUGCAAAGUCGCCUUCGGAACCGAACUGCAAGCUGAGCGCCUGCCCAGAUUCUCCCAUGGGUAUUUCACGUCAAAAGGACGCUGUUAUAUAUGUAUAACUUUUGCUUUAAAGUUUUUUUUUUUAACAAAACAUAUAUAUGCUGUUUAUUUACUUAUUUAAGAGACCGCCAUGGUAGGUUUCUCUGUAGCUUGGGGAACUUGCUGUUUCUAAACAUGCAGGCUGGUGCUGAUGGGUUCUGUGUGGAGAAGCCAAACAAUAAAACAACCUAGUGGGCAACCUUCUUAAUUAAGGGAGCUGCUCUCAGAUUCCGUUUAUUAUUAUUAUUAUUAUAAAGAUCAUUCCCUUCACCAGGCAUGCAGGGACCCUUGAGCAAAUGGUCUCCGGAAGGUCUUAUCUAUAUAUCUUUUGCCUUCUUUGGUGCUUCCUGGUGUAUGUUUUAAACAACCUAUGGUAGGUCCAUAACCACCUCCCACAUCAAAUUACAUGUAUGUGUAUAUAUGUAUGCACCUAUACAAACACAUAUGUAUGUAUGCAUACACAUGAUAUAUUUAAGGCUAAAAAUUGGCAACAUGUGAGCGUCCUCUCUAAGGCAAGUCCCCGCAUCCCCAGCACAGGUAAUUAUGGCAUGUCCACUUGACACUUGUUUAUAUGAAGUGUCAACAGCUUUCAGGAGCAAUUUAGGAAGCCAAAUUCUAGAACUCAAUAAAUGAGUCCUAUUUUCUAAAAAUGCAAAACUAUCCUGACUCAGACUCUGCAACAAGAAAGGCUUUCUACCUCCUUUGAGGCCCCCUUCCAUACAAUAGCAGCAGGCACCCAUGAUCAUGCUACAGUGAACAUAUACUGCAUUUAGGGUUGACCUAUUACUAAAAUAAGACAAAAGAUGACAGGAGAGGUUGUAAAUAAUUAGACUAACAUCUUCUUGCUGCAGAAUUGGGUUUUAAUGAAAUGAAUGGUUUUUAACAAGAGGGAUACUGAGAUGGGGGAAACGAUGUAAUCAUGUCACAUAUUGAGGGUAAAACAAGGCUGUAGAAAUAACUGGCAUUUUAAAAACCUAAUCUCCGAAGUAAGCAUAGAACAAGUCAUCAAGGGCCCCAUUGUCCUCGUAAUGGCCUCAAUUAAAAUAUAAAAUAUUUUUAGCAUUUAAUUUUUCCUCGUGCACAUGCAUGUGUGCACCUACACAUGAACAAAUGCAUGCCUAUACAACACAAAAACAUCUACCAUCUUUGCACUAAGAAAAUAAAUGCUAGCCAGAGCCUCUAAUUUUGUUCCUAGUGAAACAGAUUGCCUAUUAUAAAAUUUGACAUUGAUCUUUAAA